AUGAACUCCGGCCAUCUCACCCUGCUGGCAACAGCCGUCACCACAGCCUUCUCACCGACCUCAUCACAUCAGGUUCGAGUCCUCAUCGACCCUGGCUCAGAAGUCUCCUUUAUCUCGGAAAAUCUCACCAGACAGCUCAGCCUGCAACGAAAGCACUCAACAUUGGACAUCUAUGGGGUUGGCGGAAAACGGACUUCACAAACCAAGGGUGUCGUUGCGCUCACCCUUCAUUCAAGAUAUAGACCACUCUCAGUCACCAUCUCGGCUCACGUCCUGAAGACCGUCACGACCAUCCUGCCAACCAGCGUGAUAUCUCAAGAGCUCGAAUGGCCUCAUCUCACGAGGUUGAACUUGGCUGACCCAGAGUUUCUCACUCCGAGGGCCAUAGACGUGAUCAUAGGAGCAGAUUUCUACGGGCAGCUCAUCAAACCUAACAUCAUCAGGCACUCACCGGAAACUCCUAUCGCUCAAUUGUCGAUCUUCGGCUGGCUAGUCAUCGGCCCGGUUCAUGCACCGGUCACAAUUGUCAGAACAGCACACCAUGGCGUCUCACAGGCAUCAAACUCAUCAUUGCAAGAGCUGCUGACACGGUUCUGGGUUCAAGAAGAACCUCCGAGCUCAUCUGACUCACGACUCACCCCGGAAGAACAGGAGUGUGAACGCCACUUCAGCACGACCCAUUCUAGGGACUCAACAGGCCGUUACAUCGUCAGAAUACCGCUCAAGAUGUCUCCAGCAGCCUUAGGGGACUCACAAAACACGGCACAUCAGUGCUUGUUACGAAUUCUCAAACGUCUUGGCAGGGAUGCUCAGUACUGCGCACUGUACACUCAGUUCAUGCAAGAGUAUGAAAGGGCUAAGCAUAUGAUCAAGCUCGACGACAGCUCAGCAAGCAGAAGACCUCACUAUUAUCUGCCACAUCAUGGGGUGCUCAAGCCAGACAGCUCGACCACAAAACUCCGAGUGGUUUUCAACGGCUCAAGCGCCAGCUCCACCGGCUACUCUGUCAACGAUCUCAUGCACGCUGGUCCGAAUCUGAUGCUCAAUAUAUUCGAUUUGCUCAUCUGGAUCCGUCGACACAAGUUCUUGUUCGCCACAGACAUCACAAAAAUGUAUCGGCAAAUCAAGAUACACCCAGAUGAUUGGGAUCUUCAGCGGAUACUGUGGGUAGACGAGCAGGAAAGGGAAGCUCAUUACCAGCUCACGACGGUCACGUACGGAACCAAGGCAGCCCCGUUCUUAGCUGUAAGGACACUGCUUCAGCUUGCUGAGGACGAAGGCUCAAGGUACCCCCUCGCUGUGGAACCGAUUACUCACGGUCGAUACGUUGACGACAUCUUCGGAGGGUCGGAUACGGUGGACGAGCUCACUCAAACAGCUCGACAACUCAUACAACUCUGCCACGCGGGCGGAUUUCCGCUAGCCAAAUGGCACUCGACGUCAAGGCAGCUGCUGGACGAAGUUUCAUCAGAACUCGGUCACGCAUCAGACAUCGCAUUCGACGCCUGCAACGCCAAAAUCCUGGGCAUAAGAUGGUCACCACAGCAAGACACGUUCAACUUCUCAACCAUCUCAUCAACUUACCCCGCUAGAUUCUCGAAACGCCUCAUCUUAUCAGAAGUAGCACAACUCUUUGAUCCACUAGGCUUCACCGCACCAGUUGUAAUCAGAGCCAAAAUGUUUCUUCAGGCACUAUGGUUACACAAGCUCAACUGGGACGACCCGCUCCCAGAACAACUCAUAACUCAAUGGCUCAGCAUCAGACAAGAUCUCACUAGUCUGGCCAGACUCUCCAUCCCAAGGUGGUUCAACACGCUCUCUGACUCAGCUGUUGAGCUGCAUGGAUUCUCUGAUGCGUCGCAGUUUGCAAUAGCAGCCGUUGUGUAUCUCGUCGUCCACUCACCGUCCACAGGCGCCAACGUUUCGCUCAUCUGCUCACGAACGAAAGUCUCACCUCUCAAACGCCUAACCAUCCCGCGGUUAGAACUCACAGCAGCGCUGCUACUUUCCACGCUUAUAAACCAUGUUUCUGCUACUCUAAACAUGAACAUAAUCAACACUCAUUUGUGGACGGACUCUCAAGUAACACUCACAUGGAUCAAGGCUCAUCCCUCGAGGUGGAAGGAUUAUGUACGUAACCGGGUUACAAAAAUCCAAGAACUCACCGAGAGAGCUCAUUGGAGGCAUGUACCAGGCACCUCAAAUCCAGCUGACUGUGCUUCGCGUGGUAUAACCACAGAUCAGCUCGAAGAACACCCUCUAUGGUGGACGGGACCACCAUGGAUGACUCAACCAGAGGCCUCAUGGCCCACUCAAGCCGACCUGGCUCCUGAUGAUACAUGUGCCCAAGAAGCUCGUGCAACAGUUACACUGCACGCAGUGCGAAAUUCUCCGGAAUAUCAUUGGGAUCUCAUCUACAAGUUUUCAUCGCUCAACACGCUGCUCAGAAUCACCUCUCUGUGCAGUAAUCUCUUUAAGAAGCUUUCAAGAAAACGAAACUCACCAGCAGCUUCCAUCUCAUCAAAUGAUAUGGAAGAUUCACGACUCUUCUGGAUUAAGGCUACGCAGUCGGCCUACUUCCGAGAAGAACUCGCCCAACUCAACUGGCAGUCUCAACUGCCAAACUCACAUCCACUCAGCCGACUCACAGCAUUCAUCGACAAGGAUGGUGUGCUCAGAGUGGGUGGCCGUCUCAAGAAAUCAGACCUCUCGUACGAGACGAAGCAUCCAGCGAUUCUCCCUCGCACCUCAAGGCUCUCAGAACUCAUCAUCGCUCACGCUCAUAAGCAGACGAUGCAUGGUGGCACCCAAACAACGCUGGCACUUAUCAGACAACUCUAUUGGAUCAUCGGCGGUAGAGCUCCAGUCAAGUCAUACGUGCUCAGGUGUGUGGUGUGCGCUCGACAAAGGGGGAUCCGUGCUCAGCAAUUGAUGGGCCAACUACCUCGGGCUCGAGUCACACCGUCACGUCCUUUCUCGCACACUGGCAUUGACUACGCCGGACCACUCACCCUCAAAACCUGGAAGGGUAGGGGUUCAAGAACUCACAAGGGCUGGAUCUGCGUAUUCGUUUGUCUCACAACCUCGGCUACUCACCUCGAGGUGGUCUCAGACUACACAACCGAAGGGUUCAUCGCAACCUACAGACGAUUCACCUCAAGAAGAGGCAUUCCUUCAACACUCUACUCUGAUUGUGGGACCAACUUCCUGGGUGCCGAGGCACAACUCAAGCAGUGCUUCGCAGAAGGCUCAUCAGGGCACCAGAAAAUUGCCUCGCUGCUCUCACAGGACAAGACUCAGUGGCUUUUCAACCCACCUGCAGCCCCUCACAUGGGUGGUAAAUGGGAAGCAGUUGUAAAGUCUCUCAAGUUCCACAUCAAGAGAACUGUUGGAGACACAUUGCUCACCUACGAGGAGACUGCUACGCUCCUCACUCAAAUAGAGGCGAUCCUGAACUCAAGACCCCUCGAACCACUUAGCGAUGACCCUGAAGACACUCAAGUGCUCACGCCAGGGCACUUUCUCAUAGGAACUGCACUCAACGCAGUCCCCGAGCCUUCUCUUCUGGACGUCUCCACGAAUCGACUGUCUCGCUGGCAGUUCAUUCAGCAGAGAAUGCAACAGUUCUGGCACACAUGGUCAACUCAGUACUUGCAGCGCUUGCAAGCGAUUUCCAAGUGGCGCCACCCUCAUAAUAACAUACAGGUAGGAUCGCUAGUCCUAAUCACUGAUGAGCGUUUGCCUCCAGGAAAGUGGCCAAUGGCCCGGGUGCUCAAACUGUUGCCGGGAGACGAUGGAAUCACCCGAGUUGUAUCACUGAAGACAGCUACCACUACACUCACUCGACCGAUCUCCAAGCUUGCGCUUCUACCAGUGUCACUUCACUAA